AUGAAGGACGCCCGCGACGGCCGCGUCCUCCUCGACCGGGCUCCCGAGGGCGACAAGGACGCGGAGUUCACGGAGGUCGUCGUGUGCGACCCCCUGCACCGGCGAUACCUCCUGCUCCCCCCGGUCCCUCAAGACCUGGCGAAGGCGAACCCGGUCUGCAUGGCAUACGGGCCCUUCCUCGCUCCCCCCGGCGACGAGGAGGCGGCGGAGGCGCCAGACACGUCAUUCCGAGUGAUGUGGACAGCGCGCUGCGAGGCUAACAUGGUCGCCUUCGUCUUCUCGUCCAGCUCCGGGCAAUGGCGGGUGGUCGCGUCCCAGAGCUGGAGCGAUCUGUUCGCCGUCGACAUUGAGCUUUCAUGGGGGCCUUGCUUGGGCGGGCGCCACUACGCCUACGGCCUCUUCUACUGGGAAACGAGUUGCCGGGGAAUGUGGCUCGUGCUCGACGCCCGGACCAUGGGCUUCUCCCUUGUCGACAUUCCAUGCACAGCCGGAGGUGCUGGGCUAGACACAACCAUCGUGGAGGCAGGGGAAGGCAGGCUUGGGAUGUUCGCGCUUGCAUUUGUAGGUGGCGUAUAUUACCUCCACUACACCAUUAGGGAAGCAGACAACCAGUGGAAGCUGAAGCAGACAGUGUCGCUGCGUUAUGGGUACUGGUAUUGCAUCCUCGGUGCAACGGAUGCAUACCUGCUCCUGUUAAAGCAUCCUGACAACCGGUCAUCGGAGCCGGCAGAUUGCGAAUGCCUCUCACUGGACAUCAAGACGAUGCGCCUUGCAAGGGUGUGCUCGUUGAAGCAAUGGGGCAUAGAUGCGCAAAUAUAUACCAACUUCCCACCAUCGUUGCUGUCAUCACCGACAAUUUGAAAUAGAAAUUCCCAUGUGAAGAACAAGGACACCAAAGUCGUUGGAUGGCAUCUACGUCAGCGAUAAGGGCGCCGUCGCUGCUGCAUUUCAUUGGUGUUUUACUAGUUUGUGCUGGUUGAGGAGGGAAGCAGAUACUCUAUGUCGUCUUUUUUUUCUUUUUUCGAUGAAGAUACUCUAUGUCGUUGGAUGCAUGUUUGGGCCAUCUGCCCUGUUUGAUGUUUGCCUUCUUGUUGUGGUACACAAGUUGAAUCUCUUGUUCGUUGCGGAUUGAUUAUGUUUUGGUUAGCAGCGAUACGUUUAUUUUGUGAUGAAAGUGGAGGGCGAAAAGAUUGUUAUCUCUGCCUGCAUCUCGGUGCUAAUAAAAUGAUUCAUAAGUGAUGGUAA